UCACACAAGUUAAUUCAUGCAGGAGAGAAAGCUUAUACAUGUCAGGAGUGCGGGAAAGGCUUCGCUCGAUCCUCAAGCCUUUUAACACACAAGAAAAUUCAUACAGGAGAGAAACCUUAUACGUGUGAACAGUGUGGGAUGGCCUUCGCUCUAUCCUCAAGACUUUUAUCACACAAGUUAAUUCAUACCGGAGAGAAACCUUAUAUAUGUCAAGAGUGCGGAAAAGCCUUCGCUCAAUCCUCAAGCCUUUUCACUCACAAGAAAAUUCAUACAGGAGAAAAACCUUAUACGUGUCAGGAGUGCGGGAAAGCCUUUGCUCGAUCCUCAAUCCUUUUAACACACAAGAAAAUUCAUACAGGAGAGAAACCUUAUACGUGUCAGGAGUGCGGGAAAGCCUUCUCUCAAUCCUCAAGCCUUUUUUUUUUUUUUUUCCUUUUAAAACACAAGAAACUUCACACAGGAGAGAAACCUUAUACGUGUCAGGAGUGCGGGAAAGCCUUCAAUCAAUCCUCAAGCCUUUUAACACACAAGAAAAUUCAUACAGGAGAGAAACCUUAUACGUGUCAGGAGUGCGGGAAAGCCUUCACUCAAUCCUCAGGCCUUUUAAAACACAAGAAAAUUCAUACAGGAGAGAAACCUUAUACGUGUCAGGAGUGCGGGAAAGCCUUCAAUCAAUCCUCAAACCUUUUAAAACACAAGAAAAUUCAUACAGGAGAGAAACCUUAUAUGUGUCAGGAGUGCGGGAAAGCCUUCUCUCAAUCCUCAAAACUUUUAACACACAAGAAAAUUCAUACAGGAGAGAAACCUUAUACGUGUCAGGAGUGCGGGAAAGCCUUCUCUCAAUCCUCAAACCUUUUAACACACAAGAAAAUUCAUACAGGAGAGAAACCUUAUACGUGUCAGGAGUGCGGGAAAGCCUUCAAUCAAUCCUCAAACCUUUUAAAACACAAGAAAAUUCAUACAGGAGAGAAACCUUAUACGUGUCAGGAGUGCGGAAAAGCCUUCGCUCAAUCCUCAAGCCUUUUAAGACACAAGAAAAUUCAUACAGGAGAGAAACCUUAUAAGUGUCAGGAGUGCGGGAAAGCCUUCGCUCAAUCUUCAUGCCUUUUAUCACACAAGAAAAUUCAUACAGGAGAGAAACCUUAUAAGUGUCAGGAGUGUGGUAAAGCUUUCACUCGAUCCUCAAGACUUUUAUCACACAAAGUAAUUCAUACAGGAGAGAAACCUUAUACGUGUCAGGAGUGCGGGAAAGCCUUCGCUCAACCUGCAAACCUUUUCACACACAAGAAAAUUCAUUUAGGAGAAAAAUCUUACACAUGUCAGGACUGUGGGAAGGCUUUUUAUUAUUUUUCAAGCCUUUAUAAGCAUAAGAAAAUUCAUUCUAGGGAGGCACACAGUGUGUAAUGAGUAUGGAAGGCUCU